AUGGCCUCGCAAUCGAAGCUCCCCCAGUUGACUUCCUCCAAGCUUUUCGUCACCGAAGGCGGAAUCGAAACAACUCUCAUCUACAGAAAGAAUUUCAAUCUCCCUAGCUUCUCUACUCUCCCACUUCUCAAUACGGAAGAAGGUAGAAAGACUAUCUCGUCCAUCUACCAAGAAUAUGUGAAUAUUGCCCUCGCCCACUCAACCGGCGUCGUCCUCGAAACUCGAACGUGGCGCGGCUCUCCUUUAUGGUCUUCCGAAAUCGGCCUCUCCGUCCCAAGGAUUCUCGAUCUCAACCGCACAGCAGUCAAAAUCCUCCAUGACAUUCGGAACAAGACUCAAUCCACUUCUAUCGUCAUUAGCGGGGCCCUUGGACCUCUUCAAGAUGCCUACCAGGAUUCCACGGGCACGGUCUCCUUCGGUCAGGCACGGGAAUAUUAUGGCCCCCAGAUUCAUGCUUUCGCUGAAGAAGGCGUAGACAUGUUAUGUAUCAUGACUGUAACAAAUCUCGAUGAAGCCACUGCGGCAGUCAGUCUAGCGCAUGAGUAUAAUCUCCCUAUUCACGUCUCGUUUAGCGUCGAGACAGACGGACGGCUACGAGGAGGAAGAACCCUCGAGGAUGCGAUUCGAGAAGUCGACCGUCUAACGGAGAAUUACACAACGUACUUUGGGGUGAAUUGUGCCCAUCCACGUUACAUUAUAAAAGCAGUACGGGGUAUGCAUACGGAUGUGAGGUCGAGGAUCGGGUCGAUUAGAGGGAAUUCAAGUCUUAAGAGUCACGAUGAGCUUGAUAACUCCCUGGUGCUAGAUCGGGGCGAUAUUUCGGUGUGGGUUCGAGAGUUCAAUGAGCUUUUGAAUAUGUUGCCGGGACUCAAAGUGGUAGGGGGUUGCUGUGGCACGGAUGAAGAGCAUAUUGAUGCUAUUGCCAGCAGGAUUGAUUCUGUUAGUUAA